GCACCGGGGGGACGCUGCCGCGCGGGCACAAGCAGCUUGCCUUGGCCAGAUCCAGUUCCUUGGGCGACUCCUCCAGGCCACAAAGACACCUCGUUGCUAUAUUAAAAGAAGAUAAAGAGACGUUUGGCUUUGAAAUCCAGACUAUUAGAUUUCCGCACCAAAAUGAGUACUCCCUGGAGGUGUGCACUUGUGUCUGCAAAAUACAAGAAGAAAGUCCUGCCCAUCUUUCUGGCCUUCAAAUUGGCCAUAUCCUCACCGGUAUCAACGGCGUGAACACUGAUGGUUUUAAUCACAAGCAAAUAGUCAACUUGAUAAAGUCUUCAGGGAACUAUUUAAGGUUAGAGACUGUCAAUGAGGCCAUGCUUCUGCGGAAAAUGGAGCUCGAGGCCAAGCUGCAGUUACUGAAGCAAACGCUGCGGCAGCGACGGGGGGAGCUGCGUGGCCUGCUCGUGGAGCAGCGCCUGCUGCACGGAGAGGUGAACGACAACACCCUGCUGAGCACACUGGAGCUGGAGGAGCCCAACGUGCCCGGCAGCUGCGGCGCAGCCGGACCCCUCUUCCCAGUGAAGCCCCGCUUCUCCAGCGAGAGCAGCUCCCGCAGCCGGCUGAGCUCCAUGACAGUGGACAGCGAGGACAGCUUCUGCCCGAGUGGUGCCUUCGAGGAUUCAGCAGCAGAGAGCCUGAGUGUGGACGAGGACUUGUUCUUCCCCAGGGAUGGGGACGGCGUUGCCGGGAGGUUGUCCUUGCGGAGGAACCGCAGCAUCAGCCUGGCCAGCAGUGGAUCCAUGUCCCCGCUCUGGGAGGGCAGCAGCUUCAGCAGCAGUUUUGGGACCCUUCCACGGAAAAGCAGGAGAUCCAGUGUCCGAAAGCAUCUUUUGAAAUUCAUCCCAGGCCUUCACCGGGCGGUGGAAGAGGAAGAAAGUCGGGUCUGA